UUCAGUUUCAGCUUUUACCGUUCUAUAUUUACAUCUAGUGCACAAACAUUGAGAUUUCGUAGGAUAUCGAGUUCUAAGUUAAGAAUUAGAAAAUAAAAAAAAGUUUAAAGAACUUUAUAUAUAUUAUGAAUAUAGAAGGGGACACUUGCAAUGCUGCAUCGUCUCAAGAUAAGGAAAGAACAUCGGCCCCUUCAACCUCGGCGGUGGUUAAAGUAGCAAGCAAACAACAAAAGUUUCCUUCAUCAAAAUGGGUGAAAAUAAAUGUUGGAGGUAAAGUUUUCCAAACCACCAUAUGGACUUUGGUGAGCAAAGAACCAGACAGUAUGUUGGCACGAAUGUUUUCGCAAGACGGUGCAAUGAUGCCAAGUGAUCAGGACGAACAAGGAGCAUACCUAAUAGACAGAAGUGCACACUAUUUCGAACCCAUUAUAAAUUACUUAAGGCACGGACAGCUCAUUGUAGAUCCCAACAUUAGUUUGGAGGGGGUUUUGGAGGAAGCGAAAUUUUUUGGUUUAGAAUCACUAGUAAGCCAGCUGGAAUCACAAAUAAUGCAAAACAACCAGUCUUUAGAUAACCAGCCAUUGACCCGAAGAGAUGUUAUUAAAGCAUUAAUACAAACGUCGCACAUGACAGAGAUACGUUUUCAGGGUGUGAACUUGGCCGGAGCUGAUUUGAGAAAGUUAGACUUUCGUAAUAUAAAUUUCAAGUAUGCCUGCAUGCAAAGAUGUAAUCUGUCCCAUGCAAAUUUAACGUACUGCUGUUUGGAACGUACUGAUUUAGCAUAUGCCAACUUGGAAUGCGCUCAGCUUAUAUCAGUUAAAGGUUUAUGUGCCAAUAUGGAAGGUGCGAAUUUAAGAGGAUGCAAUUUUGAGGACCCAUCUGGCCUUCGUACUAAUCUUGAGGGUGUAAAUCUCAAAGGGGCCUGCUUGGAAAGUUCCAAUAUGGCGGCUGUAAACCUUAGAGUAGCCAAUCUUAAAAAUGCCAACAUGAAAAACUGCAAUUUGCGUUCCGCUGUGCUAGCUGGGGCUGAUUUGGAGCGUUGCAAUUUGUCUGGAAGCGAUCUACAGGAAGCCAAUUUAAGGGGAGCUAAUCUGAAAGAUGCAGAGCUUACUCUUAUGGUCACACCUCUACAUAUGGCGCAGGCCAUCCGCUAACUGGACAAGAUGUGCCGCAUAUAUUUUAAUUCUGUGAUGUUUGUUACUCUGUUUGAUCUUAUAUACACAGCAAACAAAUCCAAUAUAUGUAUUUAUUUUAUUUAUAUGGGUAUCGCCAUAAAAUUAUUAUUUCCUAAUGAAAUUUUAUUCACCAUAUUUUAUUUUUUACGUUUCAUUUCAAUGUAAUUAUUCAAAUAACUUACCUUUUAAAUAUAUUACACAUACAAUUAUAA